AUGUACAUACACACAAACACACACACACACACAUGUACAUGCACACAGACACAUGUACACACACACAUACAUGUAGAUACACACAGACACAUGUACAGAUACACACAUGUACAUACACACAGACACACACCCACCCCUAUAAAAUGUUGCAGUACUUCGCUGUUCACUCACAGAGUCGGGUACUGCACUCUAGGGGGAGGCAGAGAGCACAGCACACACUCCUUUCUUUGCUUUCACUGCGCUCAGUUAUUGAGCAGUCUGACGGCUCCCAGUGCCAAUGACAGAUCCGGCCUGAGCUCCGAGCCUGCUCAGCAAGAUGGCCCUGACGGACACACUCAUAAUUUCCACUCGCCAUUGGUGAGCAGGCGAGUGGAAAUUUCAAGGCCUGUUCUAGAG